UCUGCCUAGGAAAGAAGCGGCCAAAGCGCUGCCACGACUCCCGCCAUGAAUACCCCUUUUUCUCUUCCGAUUUCCCAUUCAAUUUUCUACCUCUCCACUUUCCCGAGAAAAUCCACCCGAGAAAGGAAAAAAAUAAAUAAAAAACCCCAAAGAAAAAUAAAAUCAAACAAGCUUAGAAAACCAACACACACACUUACCCUUAAUCCAAUUCAACAUCAAAACAACACAGAAGAAUGGACCAUUACAAGGUUCUAGGUUUACAUAGAACCGCAACGAAGGAAGAAGUCAAAGCAGCGUUCAAGAAAUUGGCGUUUCAGUUCCACCCUGACAAGCAUUCCCAAUCUCCAAGGGCCGUUAGGGACAACGCCACUUUUCGAUUCAAGCAGGUUUCCGAGGCCUACGAGGUCCUCAUGGACGAUCGCAAGCGCGCCGAUUUCAAUUUCCGGUGGCGUUCCGGCGCCGGCGGUGGAGCCGCCAGCAACAACUAUUAUUCUCAGUAUAAUUAUGGAUACGGUAGGAGUGGGAGCAGUUACGAAUAUAGAUCUAGGUCUGGGUUCAAUGGUGAUGGCUUCGCGUCCAAGUUUGAGCUCGCUCUUCGGAUUUUGACGGCGCGAUCUUCUCUUCUUAAUCUUAGCUUCGCAGCAGCUAUUUUAGGUGGGAUAAUUGUCAUCAAUACAAGCGGAGAAUCCUUAUGGAAGAUGCAAAAUUCUGGGAAAUCUUUUGAAGAAGCCAUGAAGUCCAUUGAGAAAGCCAAAGCUUAUAGAGAAGAUAACGUGAAGGAACGUCCUUGAUUGACUUAUCUGUUCUCGUUUCACAUGCCACCUGAAAGCUUCUUCACGUUUAAUUAAUAAUGAAUGAAGGAAUUCAUUUUUUGGGGUUGGUUGCAAGAAGAGUACAGAAGAGUGCGAUUGUUCUUCUGCAUGUUCCUUUUGUUGACUCCUGCGAUUUUUUUAUUUAGUGAUAUAUCCUUCCUUCACUAACUGCUCGUGUCAUUGCUCUUCAAUUUUCAAUGUUAGAAUGUGAUCAAUGGACGCUG